GAGGAUGGUGGAGCACCUGGCCAACACGGAGGUGAACCGCCGGCGCAUCGCCCAGGUGGAGAGCUGCUUCGGGGCGUCGGGGCAGCCGCUGGCGCUGCCGGGCCGCGUGCUGCUGGGCGAGGGCGUGCUGACCAAGGAGUGCCGCAAGAGGGCCCAGCCGCGCGCCUUCUUCCUCUUCAGCGACAUCCUGGUCUACGGCAGCAUCGUGCUCAGCGGGCGCCGCUACCGCGCCCAGCGCGUCAUCCCGCUGGAGGAGGUGACGCUGGAGCCGCUGCCCGAGACGCUGCAGGCCCGCAACCGCUGGCUGAUCCGCACGGCCCGCAAGUCCUUCGUGGUGUCGGCCGCCUCGGCCACGGAGCGCCAGGAGUGGAUCCGCCACAUCGAGGAGUGCGUGCGGCGGCAGCUGCGGGCCACGGGCCGCGCGCCCAGCACGGAGCACGCGGCGCCCUGGGUGCCCGACAAGGCCACGGACAUCUGCAUGCGCUGCACGCACACCCGCUUCUCGGCGCUCACGCGGCGCCACCACUGCCGCCAGUGCGGCUUCGUGGUCUGCGGGGACUGCUCCCGCGCGCGCGUCCUGCUGCCCCGCCUGGCGCCCAAGCCCCAGCGUGUCUGCAGCCUCUGCUACCACCAGCUGGCCGCCCAGAGGCGCCAGGGGGAGAGCGAGGGGCAGGAGGCGGGGGGCCAGGCCGCGGGGUCCCCUUCCGGGGCUGGGGCCUGCUGCGGGGUGUCCAGUGGGGACGAGGACGAGGAUUCGGAGGAGGACAAGGAGGGCGGCGGGGAGGGCGACUGGCCCAGCCGGGUCAGGUUCUACGACUCCGGGGUCUCCUGGUCCUCCUUCCACAGCUGAGGGCGGCCUCGGGCUGUGGGGCAGCCCCAGUCACCCUGCAUCCGCCUGCACAGCCUCCUGCUCCCGAGGGCGGGAGACCCCGAAGCU